GCUUGAAGUGAAAAUAGCUCACCAAAGUGGUCCGUUUCUUCGACUGAUAACCUCAAGUUACAAAAGGAACCAUGGCUGAGAUAUUUGGCACAGUCGCUAGCGCCAUAAGCAUGGCCGGCCUAUUUAACAACUGCGUCGAUUGUUUCAGCUACAUACAGAUCGCCAAACAUUUCGGCCAAGACUUCUCGCGCUAUCAACUCCGGCUCGACGUCGCCAAAUGCCGACUAGCAAGAUGGGGAGAAUCAAUCAACAUCAACAAUGAUCAACGAUUUAGUCUCGCCCAGCCAACCGAUCCCAUGGUUGUUCUGGCUCAAGGCAUUCUAGAAGAAAUAGUGGCCAGAUUCGAAGCUGCGUACAAGGUCUCCAGACGCUACACAGCCAGAACGGAAGAGGAGGGUCUGAGCAUUUGCACGAAAGCAGAUCUUGGUGCUGUCUCGCAGCGCGUGCAUAGUCGUUUUGACGUGUUCACUAAACAGCGGUAUAAGAGUCUGGGAUUGAUGAAAAAAACUGGCUGGGCACUCUACGAUAAGAGUUAUAUGGGUAGAAUGAUUGAUGACAUUAUCGCGUCAAUUGAAGACUUGGAAAAGGUCUUUCCUGGCACCCCACAGGUCACAAGUCAAUUAGUCGAGAUGGAGAUUGAGGAGGUAAAUGACGAGCAGGAGUUGGAAGUGAUCCAAGAUGCCGCUGAAGGGUUAGACCCUUUGUUGUCUGAUGCCUCCAAGAAUAAGAUUCUGGAAAUCGCUGGCAAAAACACUGCUGGAAAGAUCACUGGACCAGGGAUGGUCAACGUCGGUAACUCAUUUGUAACAGAGUCGUUCUCAAGUUCACAAGGGAUUCGCGUUAGUACAAUCAAUCAUGUGGAUGAGGUUAAUACUACAGAGUCAUCAAAAGUUAAUGUUGGUAACACCUGGGGCGGCAAGGGGUUUUGGGAUUGAGACAUCAUCUGUGGAGAGGACUUAUCAGUCUUAACUACUCUCUGAAAUAAAGUUAUCCGAAAACUUGAGAUACUAAGAGCCCUUUAGUGAGUUGACUGAGUACUUGUUGCGUAUUGCUUAUAUAUAUUACAUGGAUGAACAGCAAUUUUGAGAAUCAUGUAGAGCUUGUUACUCUGAAAUGACAUUCAGAUAACCCUAAAUCGAAGGCUAGUGCAGCAUUUCUGUCGGGCAGUUAAGAAUUUUAGACAAAUAUAUCACUUUUCUCA